AUGCCUCCCAGAAAACGCCCAAAGCUCUCAUCGCGCCCAACGUCCAGCACGCCGCAAGUCGAGACGAUAAAACAGUCAACCUCCGCCCACAGUCCAACGGAUGGUGCACAAAAGUCAGAUCCAGAGUAUGACUUGGUCAAUGAUCCAUGGACCGACGAACAAGAGACUGCGUUGCUGAAAAGCAUCGUAAGGUGGAAGCCCGUUGGGAUGCAUAAACAUUUUAGGAUGCUGGCUAUAGCGGAAUACAUGAAGAGUCAAGGCUACGCACCGGCAGACGAAGAACAUACCCGGAUUCCAGGAAUUUGGAAGAAGCUCGGUUCUCUAUACAAUCUCCCUGCGCUGGACGAAAGGGAGGACUCGAUAAUCUCUCAAGAUGCGGACGACUCGGACGAAUCUGAAUACUGCCCUUUCGAAUUACCCGAAGACGAAUACGGCGAGAUGAUGUUUGCCAAACGACUUGCAGCCGAGCGAUCAGAAUCACCGGAGACAUCUGUUCAUCCUGAAUCUAGGAGGGACAGCACCGUCGCUGAUACUGACGAACCGCGCUCAUCCCCCGCACCAUCUCGUGGCCGUCGCGGCAAACCUACCAGAGCAUCCACCCGCGGCACGCGCACUACAAGAUUACAAGUCGAAAUUGAGCGGCCAUCUUCAGCAAGCGUCGGCACCGAAGACGAACAAAUGGAGGACGCGGAUGAAGAUGAGGAUGGCGAAGAGGAAGGAGAUAGCGAUGCCGGUGAUGCCGAUGAUAAGGACGCCGAGGAGGGUGAUGCAGAAGCUGUAAGCUCGCCGGCGACGAGAAGUACGCGGACGCAAACUGCAAAGUCGAAAAAAGAUAAAAAGGGUGCUGCUGCUGCAAGUACGACGACAAGGCGGCAUGGAAGACGACGCUGA